AUGCACCCCGACUCGGAGAAAAGUUACGAACCGCUCUUGGAGGUGUCGAAGGAAGAGGAAGAGAACAAACUUGUCGAUGAGGUGCUCAAGAACCUCGGCCCAGCCGAACUCGAGGCCCUCGGUCUGGAUGCUACGAGUCUGGUCACGGGGGAGAGCAAUAGUGAACAAGACAUGACCGCUGUUCGCGAUCUUGUGGAGGAGAAACCGCCUGUCUGCGAGCGCUGUCAUGGACUGAUGCACCAUGGCCUCAACAACAGCUCCACGCAAAUAUCGAUGCACCACCCCACGGUCGAGGCCCUGCGCGAGACGAUCGAGGAAUCGCCACACAAACACAACCACAUUUACCACAUCAUCGACGCGGCCGACUUUCCCAUGUCUUUAAUACCGCGACUCCACGUGUUGCUGGGCGACAUUCCGCUGCGGUCGCGAAACCGCCGAUCCAAGGCCACGAGAUACGUGCGGGACCGUCAGAUUGAGAUGAGCUUCAUCAUCACGCGAGGAGACUUGCUUGGACCGACCAAGAAAAUCGUGGAUGGCAUGAUGCCCUACUUGCGGGAUGUGAUGAGGGAUGCGCUCGGCAGGAUAGGGCCCCGAAUCCGCCUGGGCAAUCUGAGAUGUGUCAGUGCCAAGCGCGCAUGGUGGACCUCUGACAUUCGAGAGGAAAUUUGGAAGCGUGGCGGUGCAGGAUGGAUGGUCGGCAAAGUGAAUGUGGGCAAGAGUCAGCUAUUCGAAGCUGUCUACCCCAAGGGCAGGCUCUCGGGUGCUCCCAAGAGCAUCGCUGGAGACAAGGACAUAGCACUUCCAGUAUACCCUCGCAACGAGCUUGCGAUUGAUAAUCACGCCAACGACGAGGAGCUGGAAAUUGGCGAGCUCCUCCCGCCUGCUCAACCUGCUACACAGUAUCCCGACAUGCCAAUCGUGUCGUCAUUGCCUGGCACAACGGCUUCGCCGAUCCGAAUUCCAUUCGGCAACAAGAAGGGAGAACUCAUUGACCUGCCAGGCCUCGAGAGGAGUUAUCUCGAGCUGUUCGUGAAGCCUGAGCACAGGCAAAGCAUGAUCAUGAAGAGCCGAAUCGUUCCCGAGCAGAUCUCUGCGAAAUCCACAGAGUCUCUACUUCUUGGUGGUGGACUCAUCAGGAUCACCCCACGGACACCCGAUCUCACGUUUCUAUUGUACAACUUCACUCCUCUCGACGAACACAUCACCAACACCACCAAGGCCAUCGAGUUUCAGAGUCAACAACGAAUGUCACCUGGAGUGAAGAAUAUCUCUAUCGAUGGGAUCGGCGAUAGGGUGGCGCACGCGGGCACCUUCAAGCUCAAACACGACGUGACCAAGCUGAGAGCCGGUCCUUUGACGCGGAAGAAUGCGGUGGGACUGUCACUGGACCGCCUGCCAUUCCGUGUGUUUUCGAUCGAUCUCUUGAUCGAAGGAGUAGGCUACGUAGAGGUGGUCGCACAAAUGCGAACCCGGGACUUGAAACUGAUUGAAAGGGAAAAGGCGCCCGAGCCCGUGGAAGAGGAGACACCACCAGUGCCUAGCGAUCCUUUCGACGCGAUGAAGAGCGAGAGGCGUGAAACGAGAGAGACCUUGCGCGAGAUUGCGCGUUUCUCAAAACCAGCCAAACCAGAGAAACCCAUCAAAGUGGCUGAGCCCGAAUACACCUGGCCUGAGAUUGAUGUCUUCUCGCCCGAGGGACGCUUCAUCGGAUCGCGACGACCGAUUCAAGGAUGGCUGCAUAACAAGCCGCUCGUGAAACCGGAAAACAAGCGAGCACGACCUAGGCGGAGCAUGACCGGCCAGAAGAAGAAGGAGAAGCAUGAAAUGAGGGCUACGCAGGCUAGUUCCUAG